GAAGCAGGUGAGCUAUAUAUUGUGCUCCAGUAAAGAAACAUACUCACUUCCACAAGCAUCUGAACCAUGCAGAAGGUAUCUCCUAUAUUCAUGGAAAUAAAAGGAAUGAUUCUGCUCACUACGUUCCUGUGCCUUUCAGCUGUGCUGCAGGAAUCUUCUGGAGUGGCACCUGUGCCAGGUUAUGAUGCUCUGGCAACGAAAAAUGUACAACAGCAAACGUUGAUUGUGAACAAACACAAUACCCUCAGGAGACAAGUAAACCCCCCUGCUAGGAACAUGCUGAGGAUGGAAUGGUCUACUGCAGCACAAGCAACUGCGAAAAAAUGGGCAGAUGCAUGUACUUUAUCUCACAGUCCUGGAAGUAAAAGAACAACUACUACAGUCUGUGGUGAAAAUCUCUACAUGUCAGCUGCCCCAAGUACAUGGUCAGAUGUCAUUCAGGCCUGGUAUAAUGAAAAUAAAGACUUUAAGUAUGGCAGUGGGCCAACAAGACCACAAGCAAUGAUAGGCCAUUAUACUCAGGUGGUUUGGUAUAAAUCUUACCAGAUUGGAUGUGCCAUGGCUUUCUGUCCUCAGAAAAAAUUCAAGUACUAUUAUGUUUGCCACUACUGCCCUGCAGGGAACAUUGUAGGCUCAAUUAACACACCUUACAAAUCAGGACCACCAUGUGGAGACUGCCCUAAAGCUUGUGACCAGGGGCUAUGCACCAAUCCUUGUAAACAUGCAGAUGAGUACUCAAACUGUCCAGAACUGGUAAAGAAGCACGGAUGUACUAAUUUUGAUCUGACCAAGAAAAAUUGUGUUGCUUCCUGCCAAUGCACCACUGAAAUCAGAUAACCAGUUUGAUUCAUCCAUUUAAGGAAAUUCAUCUGUAGACAACAGUGUUUUUUUACAAAGCUGAAGUCCAUGUGCCAGGCUUUAUGAAUGCAGCCUUUCUGAUUUUCACAGGGUAACUCAUAUGAGUAAAGGCUGAGGAUAGAGGCUGACAAAGUUAUUUGGGUAGAUGUGUUAUCUUUUAUUAGA